UUAAACCUAGUGCAAAUCGACCAAGAAGACUAUUUGUCUCUUGAUAUACAGUUGAUUGAUUAAGUCGUUUGAUAGGGCUGUUUGCUCUGCUCUGACAACACGUGUUUAACUACAGAAUAAUAUAAAUGAAACAUCGCCCUGACUGUAAUUAUUUGUGAGUUAGAUACCGGAGUGUUGUGUUCAGGAUGAGCAAAAAUAGUGAGGAUUUAGAAUGUGACCCCAGGCCUCGGGUGAAGGACCGGUUUCCUAGAAUAGUAAUAAUAAUAGUAGUGGCAGAGUUUUGCGAAAGAUUUUCUUACUCUGGUAUGCGAGCGUUCUUGACAUUAUAUUUAAGAAGUAAAUUGGGAUAUUCCGACGAUGAAGCUACCGAACUAUAUCACGUCUUCUCUACAUUCGUGUACUUAUUUCCUAUUUUUGGUGGAAUUAUGGCUGACAAUUAUCUCGGGAAGUUCAGGACGAUUUUGUACAUGAUGUUCGUGUACGCAGCUGGAAAUUUACUGGUCGCCAUCACUGCGAUCCCGCAGCUAGCUUUACCUGGCAGAUUAUGCACGCUCCUCGGUCUGUUCCUCAUAACAGUGGGCACGGGUGGUAUAAAACCGUGUGUAACUGCGUUCGGGGGCGACCAGUUCCGGCUUCCACAGCAGGAGAAAUACUUGGCCGUGUACUUUAGUGUGCUGUACCUUAAUACCUGCGCGGGUAGUUUAAUAGCCAAGUCUGUGUCACCUAUACUGCGGUCCGAAGUCCACUGCUUCGGCGAUAAAGACUGCUACUCACUGGCGUUCGGCGCUCCCGGUUUCGUCGUGCUGUGCUCCAUAGUGAUUUUCGUGAGCGCCAGAAGUCUAUACGUGAUCAAGAAGCCUCAGGGGAACGUGGUAGUAGACUUCGUCAAAUGUGUUACAUUGGGUCUGAAAAACCUAAUCCUGCGCCGGAAGAAGGACGCCAACUCCCAUUGGCUGGACAGCACGCAGCAUCAGUACGACCAGCGCUUCAUCAGAGAUAUCAAGAAGACGCUAUCUAUCCUGAUGCUGUUCACUGUCCUACCUGUAUUCUGGGCCUUACUUGACCAAAUGGGCUCUCGCUGGACAUUACAAGCGACGAAGGUGUCCGGAAACCUGGGUUUCGUCACCAUCAAGCCGGAUCAGCUGCAAGUUAUCAAUCCCAUCUCCAUUAUCGUGCUGAUACCGCUGCUGCAGAAGUAUGUUUACCCGUUUUUCGAGCGACGAAACAUGCUAGUGAAUCCUCUCCACAAACUGACGCUCGGCGGUGUGCUGGCCGGAAUCGCGUUCAUAGUGUCAGCCGUCAUGGAGAUAUAUCUCAAGACGACCUACCCCCAACUGCCAACCCCCGGCCUGGCACAACUUCGGAUAUUCAACGGAAAUCCAUACACCGUCAAUAUCACAAACUACAACAUAUCAUACUCUAUACCACCACAUCAAUACUACGUCAAAAAAGACUUCCAAAUCUACGGAACAGAGAACAUAACAUUGAGUUUUCGAGGAUUAUCUAUCAACGAAGAUUUUCUAUACGAAAGUAAUAAUUCUUUUGAGAGAGAAUUUAUUUUGAAGGAGAAUAAAGCGAACUCAUUUUUCUUGGACGGGGAUGAAGUGUAUGGAUUCUUCGAUAAUGUGGAUAAGAGUAAAUCAGGGUUGCCUGUAGUAAGAUUUUUAGUGUCACACCGAAUUAACGCCUCCGACAUAAAGUUCUACAACGAAAGAAGGAAAGAGAUAGAAACACAUAUAAGUGUGGGGGUGUCAUCACAAAUAGAGGUGUUCGCUUCAACAUACUCCAUUUGGAUGGGUGAUGAAGUGGUGACGAGACAUAUUGAGAUGAAGGGCGGUGGGGUGUAUACUGUGGUUCUUGAUAAAGAUGGUGAUGAAUAUAAAGCAAAUGUGAUAGUCAUCACGGAGCCAAAUUCGAUCUCAAUGGCGUGGCUGUUACCCCAGUUCCUCAUCAUGGCUGUGGCUGAGGUUCUGUUCGCCGUGACGGGAAACGAGUUCGCCUUCAAAGAGUCCCCGGAAAGCAUGAAGGCUGUCAUGACAGCAGUUUGGAUUUUGACUGAAGCCGUGGGGAACGUUGUCAUCAUCAUUGUCACGAGGCUCCUUGCUAAUUACCGACAGGAAACCCAAUUCUUUUUCUACACGGGUCUGAUGUUCGUAGCAAUCACCAUAUUCCACUUCAUGUCUCGGAACUACCAGUUCAAACAUGAAGAACCUGAUAAGAUAAGGGACAAGAGGAGUAAUAGCGACGCCAUGUAUCUAGAAGUUAAACAGGCUGAGGACUUGCUAGAUCAUUAGUGUCCAACGAUUAUUAUUCAGACUAUCUAUAUUCUCUAACCGCCCAGAGACCUAUAAUUCGUGUCAUGCACAAUGACGCCACAGAAUAAAUAAUAGUAUACUUACUAAUAAUAUACUUACUACUGUUACAGAAUAAAUGAUAGUACAACAAGUUGCGAAUUAUCUAUUCGCACGUGUAUCGUGCAACGUUUUACAGUAAAUAUGGCUCUUUAAAGUUUCGACAUAUGCACGGGAAAUGCUCUUUAUCACCAUUAUGUACUGUAAAAUGAAUUGUUUCACACUAUGUACGAAAUAAAGUAUCGAAAAAUUAUUAGAAAAACGUAAAUCAGUUUUUGAGCCAAUUAAUAUACAAUAAAUCGGAUUGAUCUAUAACCGCCAUGAUAUAUGUAUACUGCCAUAUAGGGCUGCGCAUGCGGUAAAGGGUUAAGUAGAUAAUAAUAUAAGUUUAAGUUACAUAUAAACUACCUAGCUUACAUAUUAUAGGAGCCUCUUCUGCCAACAACCCUCUCUGUGAUUUGGCAGAAGAAUAAUAAUAGUUAUAAGCAUGAUGCGUGAAUAAACGUUUUAUAUUAUUAUAAAGAUUAGUAACAUAACCGUGACGUCAUUACUUUUUCUGUGUUUCAUAUACAUUUCAUAGUGGAUUAUCGUUUUGAUAGUUUAAUAAAAGAAACGACUAGUUAAUCAAAUACCCUAUUGCAUCUGCCUUUGCAAGUAUUGAUGCGGGGGACUAUUAGAGAAUUAUAAUUACAAAUCACACGCUAGAUGUCGUUGUACCGUGAGCGCAGAAUUCUACAUCGCGCUGUUAAGAUUUUCUUUCAUAUCAUGACCUCUGGGUCUUAGUAAAUAUUUUUUUCUGUUUUGUUCCUUUAGAAUUAAAUAAAAAGAACAAAUAAAAAGAAUUGAUAUUAACUAAAUUUUGAAGAAAAUAAUGCAAUUUGAAUAUAUGAAAGAAAUCUUUGAUAAGAAAAUAUCUCUUGAGCUAUUUUCUGAAGGUCCAAAAACUUUAAUCAUAUAUUAUAUUAAUUAGGUCAAUUAUUUUUGGUCAAUUAGUAAUAAGUAUUGAAUAUGAUCAUCUAAUAUAUUUAUUUCAAAUAGGCUCUAGUCGGUAAUGUGUAUAUAUAAAGAGAUAUGUGUUGUAUUUUAAGACGUAAUACGUAUAUAAAAUAUGUAAAAAAAAAAUUUGAACGUAACACUUAACAUACAUAUAUGUACAGUCAGCAUCAAAAGUAGCGGAUCAAACAAGUUUUCAAAAGUAAAGUAUUAAGUACCAUUCUGCUACAACUUAACAACAUGUGAUGGUUCUAUAUGUAGAACAAUUAAGACGGUAAAAGAUGUACUUUUGAAGGUAAAUUUUAGAGAUUUAUCUAUAUUUGGAAAAGUUAUCCGUAAUAUCAGAUACUUUUGGCGCGCUGUUUCAACCGCUACUAUUGAUGCUGACUGUACAACAUUAAUGUAAAUAAUUAAUAUUUCCAUUGGUAAUGAUCUCAGACUAAAAGUAUAUUCUAUUACUAAACUCAAUUAAAUUCAAAUAAUUAUUGUUAAACGUAUGCAUGUUCAAUAUUAAUAAACCCGUUAUUUAUUGUGACCUUUAGGGGACUUAUCGCUUUACAAUAUAAUAUUAUUAUUAUAAGUAGCGACUAUAAGUCGUUUUUUGAAUUGGUAAUAUCGUUAAUUUAUUUAGACAACUUAAGAAUAAAAUAAAAUAUGUUUUUUUUU